AUGAGCAUAACCUUGACCUUCCUCUACCCAAACGAUGCCGAUGCGACGCACGACCUUGAAUACUACAAGAAUUUCCAUAUGCCCCUCAUGCAGAAGCACUGGGCCAAGUACGGCCUCAAGAGGUGGACCGUUUCCGAGUUGUUGCCGAAUACAGACGGGUCACCGGUCCCGUAUGUAUUCUAUGGAGUGAUUGAGCUGGAAAGCGCCGAGCAGUUGCAGGCUGCAUUUGCAGACGCCGCUGGAGACGAGAUGGCGAAUGAUGUGAAGAACUAUACUAGCGUCAAACCCGCUGUACUCGUGGGAAAGAUUGUGCGCGACGUCCAGCUCUAG